GGAUCCACUAGAUUGAAAUGUUUUCUAUUGGCGCGGUCAUGUGCCUUGCUCAGAGCAAUUUGUGGAUAUUUGUUGCACUCUGUGGAACAGCUUUCGAACGAGAUCAAUCUCAAACCCCACAAAAGCAAACUGAAAAAAACGCGGUUAUGUCGCUCCCAGUUUAAUAAACAUGCACCAGUAUAUCCAACUGUUGCCAUGACACACACCCUCUCUCUCUCUCACAGAACAACCUAUUUUGAUCACCUUUCAGCUCUGUGUCGAUUGGACAUCGAUAGCGGGCAAUGUUUUCACAUUUUUAUCCGUUACGCGUACAACUGGCGAACAGAACGAUGCCAACGAUUCAUCUAUGGAGGAUGUGGUGGUAACCAAAACCGUUUCGACACGCUCGAGGAAUGUAUUAAAAAAUGUCACAGGAAAUCUCCUGUUGACCAGAAGAUCGGACCAAAGAGCGAAAUCAUACAGAUUCAAAAUGUGAAUUUCAUGUGUCCGACAAGUGAGCGGUGUCACAGGCUCAUUCAAUGUAAAACUAGUGAAUAUAAAAAGCCCCCCAUCAAACAAAACUUAGUGUUCUAA